CAAUUCCUCUGUGUGAAUACAACUUUUCCGCUAGACAAGAUUGCAACGAUACUAACUUCCAGAUUAGAAUCACAAGUAUUCUUAUAAUAACACAAAUGGCAGGCACGGAUCAAGUAUUUAAUAAACAGGAGGGGAAAUGGGGUUAAAGGAGAGGAGAAAUGCAAAUUCCAUAGAGGGUUUUAGCAUAUUGCUAGUUUUCCAGGGGGUGGGGGUAUGAUUCAAAGUUAGCGUGAAUUGCCGUGAAUCGCCGUAAACAGUAUUAAUCAAAUUUUUAAUCAGAUAAAAUUAUAUAAGGUCUAUAGUUUGAGGAUACUUUAAAACAGAAAUGCUAAAAAAUCAUUGUUGUUACUUUUUUAUUGUAUUUUAAAAAUAAGAAUGGCAUGUAGGUUAUGGGAGGUUUGUCUUGUUUGAAAAAAAACAUCUUUUAAGAUGCAUCCAAAGUGAUGUAAUCAGCAGAUUGUGUUUUCCUCAAAACUAUCAUGCUGCCUAUUUUGCAUACAUUAACAGAUAAGUCGACCUACUCUUUAAACAAUUUAUACUUUAAACAACUUAAGCCUGCCGGUUGAAGCAAAUUCUACUUAUGCGACAGUCAGCUGUAGAUAUUUCAAACAUAUUCCUGGGAAUGAUAAAUGGUUAUUGCUCAGAUUAAAAGACGAACAUGUCAAGUUUUGAUAUGCCUCAGUCAUUCUGUUGAUAUCGGUUAUAAGUUAAAAAGCAACUAUAUACACAUCCUUUCCAUAUGUUUGCAAUAGAUUUCCCCUUGUGAUUACGAUGUUCACGCUUUGGUGAUAUUGUUAAAUAUACAACAGUCAACCAUCGGAUGGAGUAGUUUAUAUUUUUGGAGAUAACUCGAUAUUUACUACUAGACUGGUUUGUAAAGCGUAAAAAUAAUAUAUAGUUAAACAACACUUUAAAUAUGGAGGUACCAGGAAAAAAGGAUCUUGAUAAACAUUACGGGUUUUCUUGUAAACCUUGUGAAGCAAGAAAAAUAUGUUCUCAACCUAAUGGAUAUUGCACUGACUGUGAAGAGUAUAUGUGUACUCGUUGUUUUGAAACACACACAAUGUAUAAGCUAAAUCGUGGUCAUACUCUGGCUUAUUUUAACGAGGUACCUACAAAGCGGGUUCAAAGGGGUGAUUUAGAAAAAUGUGAUACACACUUAAAUGAGGUAGUAAAGUUUUAUUGCGUUAAACACGAGCAAGUUGGUUGUGGGGAUUGCAUGAUUCUUGAGCACAAAACUUGCAAUGUUGAGUACAUUGAGGACAAGGCUAAAGCGUUUAAAGACAGUAGCGAAUGUCAAGCCUUUAUCAAAGGACCUGCAAUGUGUCAAAAGGAAGCAAAACAACUAAUGGCAUCAAUCGAGAAUAACAAAAUUCAAGCCGAUGAUAUAAAUGAACAAUUUUUACAAGAUGUUAACGUUUUUAGAGAAGAAAUAAUUUCUCAUGUCAAUAAAAUGUCGAAGUUUUUAAUUGAGAAAAGCGACACCAUUAAGGCAACGGACAUUUUGAGAAUGGACAAUUUAGCAGUUGAAACGAAAAGUCUUAUUGGUGAAUUAAAUUGCCUAUCUGAGUUAAUUGAGCCAAAGAUGAAGGAGCCUAACCAGCUUUUUGUUUGUUCGGUGUUGCAGAAACAUAAGCUUGACCGCUUGAAGGAGCAACUAGGUGACAUCAAACAUAGAAAUAAAAUUGAGGUUUAUGAGCUAAUAAAGAAUAAUGACCUUAUGAGCUUUACAAAAGGUAUCGGACAACUUGGUUGGAUAAAGAAUAAGACGCAGGAAAAUAAAACAGAAGACAAGAUUUCCAAAGACGAACAAAUAGAAGAAACUUUUAAAUCAUCAGAUUCACUUCCACAAGCUAAGCCGAAAACACAACUUUUACAAGAAAGACAAUUGAUUUGCAGAAAUAUUACCGUGGAAGAAGAUUGUUUGACGUAUUGUGACGAUGGAAGGGGCGAUGUUGGCUUGUUUGUUGAUAAAAUUGCUCUUUACAGAGCCAGCUCCUUUGAAAUUGAGAUAGUGAGUUUGGGACAGCGUGGUACAAUUGUUGUAGGUGUAGUGCCGAAACAUUAUACAGAAAAUCAGCAGCCAGGAUGUGGGGAAUAUUCUGCAGGAUAUAAUACUAAUGACGGAUUAUUAUAUCAAGGAAGUGACGUCGGAGACAGAUUUGGCCCUAAAUGCAUUGUGGGUGACAGAAUAGGGUUCAAAUUAACGUCAUUAAGCAUCUGCAAAGUGGGAAUGUUGAGGACAUAUAUAAUUCAAUUUACAAGAAAUGGGAGAAAGAUCGGCCAUGCAGAAGUAGAGACAUAUGGAGGGGUGUAUGCUGCUGUUGGAAUGCAUUCUCCUGGAGAAAAAGUAAAAAUCCUUGAAUUGCCCGAGAAGUGAAAUGUCAACGGUUAUUGGCCACGUGCAUGACAUUUUUAAUGAAUUCAAUUAUCUGGAUAUUAGGUGUUCACAAAUGUAACUCAAAUAAUUUGUUUUAAAUUGUAUUAUAUAUCUUGCAGUAUUUAUAAACAGGAUACGAAACAAAUUUGAGCUACAAUUUCAGCCUCAUUGAUAAAGAUUAAUUACUGUUGUGAAUUUUGAAACUAGUCCUGUCCAUUUCUGACCUGGUUAAAAUGUUUUUGCUACCUUUAACACAUAUUUGUUGUGAAACAAUUGAGUCAUAAAUAGUCUAGGCCAAUGGUACAGCUCAGUUCCUUUUAGGUAUAUCAUACCUCUUUCCAAAUUUGGUAAGGUCGCGGUUUGCCAAACGAUUUGUUUUAGGUUUCAUCGACUGGAAGUGUUUUGUUAUAAGUAUGUUUCAAUGUAAAAGAAUAGAAAUACGUACAUUAAGUAAUAUCUGCUCAUGAUAAAAGGUAUGAUAAUAAAAAAGAUAAGAAAA